AUGCGCUCUGACCAGUCUACUGUGGCGGACACCCAUUUCUCCCCCACAGUCUCUGAGCAAACUCCUCUCUUAGGCGACGAGGCUCAGCAUGCCGUUGUCGACCCCCAGGAACAUGGAGAGGACGAAGCUGUUCUGGCGCAGGAGCCGAGCUCCAAGGAACUGAUUCUGAUCCUGGGAUGUAUCUGGUUGGGCGUUUUCUUGGCCGCAUUAGAUACAACGAUUGUUGCUACACUCACCGCUCCCAUCUCGUCGUCCUUCCACUCCUUCUCCUUGCUCUCUUGGUUAGCGACCUCCUACCUGAUUUCCAAUGCCGCUUUCCAGCCGUUGAGCGGUAGACUCACCGAUAUCUACUCGCGACGCGCCGGACUGAUCUUCUCGAACAUUUUCUUCGCUGCGGGAAAUUUGAUAUGUGGUCUAGCCAAGAGCGAGGGUACCAUCGUUUUGGGUCGCGUUGUGGCAGGGAUCGGAGGUGGCGGUCUCACUGCCAUUUCCACCUUUGUGACCUCGGAUUUGGUUCCUCUGCGCAAACGAGGGGUAUGGCAAGGCAUCGGCAACAUUUGCUACGGAGCAGGAAGUGGCCUGGGCGGUGUUUUUGGUGGCUGGAUCAAUGAUACACUGGGAUGGAGAUGGGCGUUUCUGAUCCAGGUUCCCUUCGUCGUCGUCUCAGGCAUCCUGGUUGCCGUGACCGUGAAGAUUCCUGUCAAGGAGACUGAGACCGCCAAACUGAAGCGAGUUGACUUUCUCGGGGCUAUCACGCUGGUCAUCGCCCUAGUCCUUCUGCUGUUGGGACUCAAUACGGGCGGUAACCAGGUGCCAUGGACACACCCUUUGAUUCUCACAUCGUUGCCGCUCUCUGCCGUGUUCAUCUUCAUCUUCAUCUACAUUGAAGCAAACGUUGCGUCCGAACCGGUUAUUCCUGUUCGACUGCUUCUCGAUCGGACUGUAUCGUCGGCAUGUUUGACCAACUGGUUCAGCACCAUGGCGGUCUUUGGAUUGCUCUUCUAUCUUCCGUUGUACUUCCAAGUAAAGGGUCUGUCGGCCACUGCUGCUGGUGUCAGGUUGGUACCCCAGGCGCUAGGCACAUCGAUUGGCUCUCUCGGAUCGGGAAUCUUCAUGCGUGCUACCGGUCGGUACAAGCUCUACAACCAUACCGCCAUGUUCGUCCUUGUCGUCUCCAGUGCUUUGAUCUGCACUCUGAAUCUAUCUACAGCCGCAUGGAUCCCCUUUAUCUACUUUUUCUUCAUGGGUGUCGCCUAUGGUAGUAUGCUGACCAUUACCCUUGUCGCACUUAUCUCAGCCGUGGACCACGAACACCACGCUGUCAUCACCUCUGCAUCCUACGCGUUCCGCAGCACGGGCAGCACAAUCGGCAUCACCAUCGCCUCUGCAGUCUUCCAGAACAUCUUAAAAUUGGGGUUGUGGUCGCGCUUCGGCGAUCGUAAAGAUGCAGGAGAGAUCAUUUCCCGUAUCCGCGACAGUCUGGACGAGGUCUGGAAGCUUCCCGCGGAUUGGAAAGCAGGCGUUCUAGACGCAUACAUGGACUCCCUCAGGGCUGUCUUCUUGACAUUGCUCGGACUGAGUGUCUUGGGGGCCUUGGUCAGUCUGGGCAUGCGCGAGCACAAACUGCAUGGCAAUUUGGCGCGGAGAGAUCGUGGAUAA